AUGGCAUCUUUUUCCUCAUCCUUUUGUUCCAAACGACAAGAUGAAUUGCAACUGGAUCAUCCAUGUGAUUGUGACUUGCCAUCUCGUGUGAAGACAUCAAGAACUUCAGAUAAUCCUGGAAGGAAAUUCAGAGUUUGUCAAAACUCACUGCAAUGGUUGGAUGAGGAUGAAGGGAGGAAAGAUGGAAAAGGGCAUUAUAGAAUGAAAGCAAAAGAAAGCUGCAAUCUUACAUUGAAAAUUUGUACCUUGGAGAAUGAAAUCAGCAUAUGCAGGAUGAAGAUUGAAGAAGAGAAGAACAGAAAUAAAAAAGAACUUGACAAAGUCAAUUGGAAAUUGUUUACCCAUAGACUUCAUUACUUUUCUUGUUUCUCUUGUUAUAUUCUAUCAUUGGAAUGGAAUUGUACAUUGUAA